AAGGUUCCGCCUACUAGUUUUAACAUCACACCAUGGACCCACGUGUGUACAAAGAUAUGAUGCUUUAAAUCCGUAAAUUUGUGCGUGCGUUUGUUCCGUAUUCCUAUUUUCACGGCGACAUAUAUUUCUAGUUGUAAAGAUGGAUCUCGCGGCGAAGGACGCGUACAUUCAGAAACUUGCAAGUAAAGUGAUUUCCCAGCGAGAAAAUGAGCCAAAGAAGAGACCGUUUGUUCACUUCCAGGGUAAAAAUGGCACUGAUCCACCAAAGAAGAAUAAAAAGAAUAAAAAGAAGGACCUUAAAAAUAAUGCCACGAAUGAAAACUCGCCCAAACCUCAGCAAAAGCCUACACCAUCUCCAAAAGCUCAGAGAAGUCCAGCUGCAGCAAAACAAAGCAAGGUCAAGACUGAGACUACAAAUGGAGCCACAACACACAUGCCUGAAGGACGGGACGUUGUAUCCACUUUUUCCACAGUAGAUGCGUUGCGCAAGAGGUUGCAUCAAAAGAUUGAAGAGUCCAGAGGGCAGGGUGCCCCAAAAGAUGCAUUAUCAGAGGCAGUCCAGGCAAAACGUGCAAAGCGUAAACUUGAGCGGGAGCGCAAGAAGAGGAAGAGGAAAGACUUUUUGAUGAAGAAGCUUGCUGAGGAAAGUGGGAAAGAGCCACCAGCAGAGAUCAAAAAGGAAAAACCGCAGGUUCCUGUGUCAGUCAAAAGAACUGAGACUGCUAUUAUCUUUAACAAAGUGGAGACGGUGGAACAGGAAUAUGUUGAUAAAAUGCUGAAAAAGAAGAAAAAGAAACAAAGUGUGAAGGGCCAAUUGACGCCUCUGACGGGGAAGAACUACAAGCAGCUCCUCAGCCGUGUCGAAGCUCGCAAAGCGAAGCUGGAGCAGCUCAAAGAGAAAGAUGAGGCAAAGGCCGAAGAGAUGGAAAUGAAGAUGAAGUGGACCAACCUGCUCUAUAAGGCAGAGGGCAUCAAAAUUAAAGACGACGAAGACAUGCUGCGCUCCUCUUUGAAGAAGAAAGAGAAGAAGCGUGAGCAGAGGAAGAAGAACUGGGAGGAACGGAGCGGGAACGUCGUAGAGAAGAUGCAGAAAAGGCAGGACAAAAGGAAAAAGAACCUCCAGAAGCGCAAGCAGCUCAAAAUAGAGAACAAGAAGAGCAAAGCGCGGAAGAGGGGCAGAGUACUGCCCGAGGACUUGAAAAAAGCUGCAGUUUAGAGAAGAUAAAUGUAAUGUCAGUGUCGUUCUGUGGGAAAGACAUUUUUAAAAUGUUCGUAAAAGUGAACUGCUCAUGCACAACUUAUUCUUCCAUUGCAGCUGUAAUAUACUAUGUGAUAUUAUCAAUAAAAGCAUGUCUUCUCAGAUUAGUUUGUUAACUUCAAUGGAAAACAUAAGCUAUGAAAUUUUCCAUAACACUACAAAAACAGAAGUUUUUGUUUUUACUGACACCGAUAUGAGGACUGAUGCAAAACUGUCAAAAGGGAUGAGAGAUCUACUAGAUGGGUAAUGAAAAAUCUCUUGCUAUUGUCUUUUUUUUUUCUCUUCCUUUUUUAUGGCUCUUUAUGUUAAACUCUGGCAUUCUGCUUGACACUGAAUGCAAAGAAAUAUGGAAUUACAGGAAUGCCAUGAUUUUUUUUUUCCUGCAUUCAGAAUACUUCUACAAUCCCUAUGUAACUAUUAAUUAUCAAUCUAUCUCCCCGCAGUCUUACAG